AUGUAUAUCGAUCAAAACGGCGAAGAGCAAAAGAUCCUCCGCCUAGUCGGGUCUGAAGGUAUCACCAUUCUUGCCAAAACAGGCUAUUUGCCCACCGUCAAAACUAGCGAGGGUGAUGAAAGUGCUGGUUCUGUUUCAGAUCUUGUGGUCGUCGCGCGACUUGUCGAGGGUGUUUCGAUUACUCCUCUCGAAACCCACACGACAAUUCAUGUCGGGUGCACGAUCAUACUCUACACCAUUUGGUUUCACAAACCUUACAACCUGACCCAGUUUAUCGAGGUAUCUGGCCCGGAUGUCGAGUCGAUCGGCGCCAUUUUCAAUUUCUACUCGAUCAGUCAAUCAUGA